AUGGCCUCUGUUGUAGCGGUGAAAACUGAGAAACGAACUGCAGCUGAUUCACAGGAUGCAGAUUCAAAUGGAAAGAAACCCAGGAAACUGCUGCCCAGCCUGAAGACAAAGCAUGCCCCCGAGCUUGUCUUGGUGAUUGGCACCGGGAUAAGCUCAGCUGUGGCCCCACAAGUCCCUGCCCUUCGCUCCUGGAAAGGACUUAUUCAGGCCUUGCUCGAUGCCGCCAAUGACUUUGACUUACUUGAAGAGGAGGAGAGCCGGCGUUUCCAAAAGCACAUGCAGGAAGAUAAAAAUUUGGUGCAUGUAGCUCAUGACCUAAUUCAGAAACUUUCCCCGAGAACAGGUAAUGUGCGAUCCACAUUCUUCAAGGACUGCUUGUACGAGGUGUUCGAUGAUUUGGAGUGCAAGAUGGAGCACGCUGGGAAACACCUACUGCGCUCUGUCCUACAGUUAAUGGAGAGCGGCGCAUUAGUCCUCACCACCAACUUCGACAACCUGUUGGAGAUUUAUGCAGCUCACCAAGGCACAAAACUAGAGUCUUUGGAUCUGACUGAUGAGAAAAAGGUGUUAGAGUGGGCUCAGGAGAAGCGACGGUUAAGCGUUCUACACAUCCAUGGUGUCUACACCAACCCGUGUGGGAUUGUGCUGCACCCCGCUGGCUACCAAAAUGUAUUGAGGAACACCGAGGUUAUGCGUGAGAUCCAGAAGCUUUACGAGACCAAGUCAUUUGUUUUCCUGGGCUGUGGACGCACAGUUGACGACACAACCUUCCAGGCUUUGUUCUUGGAGGCGGUCAAACAUAAGUCCGACCUAGAGCACUUCAUGCUAGUGCGGCGCGAGGAUGUUGGGGAGUUCAAAAAACUGCGGGACAACAUGCUGGAUAAAGGCAUCAAGGUCAUUUCCUAUGGGGACGAGUACUCAGACCUGCCUGAGUACUUAGAGCGGCUGGCCAGUGAGAUCUGCUUUCGAGAUGUGUCAACCAAUGACUGGGGUAAGGUGAUGUGUUCGUAUGUGGUUUGA